GUCCCUUGUAGUUGUCCACUUUUGGGCGCCAUGGGCUCCUCAGUGCGCUCAGAUGAACGAGGUGAUGGCGGCACUGGCAAAGGAACACAUGCAGGUUACGUUUGUGAAGCUGGAAGCUGAAGCUGUGCCUGAAGUAUCUGAAAAAUACGGAAUUAGUUCUGUUCCAACAUUCUUAUUUUUUAAGAACUCUCAGAAAGUCGACAGACUAGAUGGUGCACAUGCCCCAGAGCUGACCAAAAAAGUGCAGCGCCAUGCCUCCAGCAGUUCUGUGUCUGCUGGCUCUAACGACAGCGCAAAAGAAGAUCUUAACGCGCGUCUGAAGAGGCUCAUCAAUGCUGCCCCUUGCAUGCUCUUCAUGAAAGGGUCUCCGAAAGAACCUCGCUGUG